UCUUGCUCUUUCCCCGAACGAGCGCCACCCCUACAAAACCAUCACUCCUCCCGUCGUAUCUCUUCGCAUUCGCUUCUUUCCACCGAACGCGACGAACGCACGUUCCGCAGCGGAUGUCCACGAUCGUCCUCGAAUCACAACUCUGAAACCAUCUCUUCUUCUUGCCGCAAAUGGCUCCGUCGCUGAAAUCAACUCCUGAAGCCGAUGGCAACAGCAAUAAUGAUGGGAAGUCUCCUGAUGUCAACUGGGAAGAAAUGGGAUUUUCUUUGAUUCCAACUGACUAUAUGUAUGUGAUGAAAUGCGCUAUUGGCGAGAACUUUCCUCAGGGAAGUCUAAUUCCUUAUGGUAAUAUCGAGCUUAGCCCUUGUUCCGGUAUUCUCAAUUAUGGACAGGGACUGUUUGAAGGCUUGAAGGCAUACAGGAAGGAAGAUGGCCGGAUUCUGCUAUUCCGACCUGACCAGAAUGCUUUGCGGAUGAAGUCAGGUGCAGAGAGAUUGUGCAUGCCUUCACCUUCUACUGAGCAGUUUGUCGAUGCAGUGAAGCAAACUGUCCUGGCCAAUGAACGCUGGGUGCCUCCUUUCGGGAAGGGAUCUCUGUAUGUAAGGCCUUUGCUCAUGGGAAGUGGCGGCAGUCUGGGAUUAGGGCCAGCGCCGGAAUACACAUUCUUAGUCUAUGCUUCGCCAGUUGGAAGCUAUCAUAAGGGCCUGAAGUCCCUGAACCUGGUGGUUGAGGAGAAGCAUCAUCGAGCUUCUCAUGGUGGAACGGGAGGUAUUAAGACUGUGGCCAACUAUUCACCGGUUUUGAACGCACUGACUAGAGCAAAGGCGCAAGGUUUUUGUGAGGUUCUAUUCCUGGAUGCCGCAACUGGAAAGUACAUUGAUGAGGCUUCUGCAUGUAACAUUUUUUCAGUGAAGGGAAAUAGUAUAAUAACUCCGCCAACACAUGGAACGAUCCUUCCUGGUGUCACAAGGAAAAGCAUAAUUGAAAUUGCUCAAACGCUUGGUUACCAGGUCGAGGAACGUCCUGUUGCGCUUGAUGAACUGCUGGAUGCGGAUGAAGCUUUCUGUACAGGAACUGCCGUAGUUGUCACAUCCAUUGGCAGUGUAACUCAUCAGGGUAGAAGGGCGGAGUACAAAACCCAAGCGGAUACAGUUUGUCAGAAGCUGCGUGAAACCUUAACCGGGAUUCAAAUGGGUAGACUUGAAGACACCAUGGGUUGGAUGGUGGAGGUCAAUUGAGCUGGUUGUUUGUCAGUUUUAUGUUGGAGACAGAACUUCCAAAUUUGUUUUACCCUGUUGUUGCUGUUGACCUCUUUGACCUGUGGAUGCUUUAGGCAUUGGCAUCACGUCUUCUUAAAUUUCAUGAUAUUUGGGGUUGUUUUAUGUAGGGGUGUCAAUGGAUUGGGUCAGACUGGGCUUUUUUGACA